AUGACCCUCACGUUCUUGGCUCUCGUCCGAUGCAUCAUUGUAUUCAAUGCUUCCAAUGCCAGAAAGUGGUUCACCAGGAGGAAUAUCUUCAUCAUCAUCAUCAUCCUCAUCUGGACUCACUCUCUGCUGUGGUCACUGAUGCCGCUGUGCGGCUGGGGGAAGUACGGGCCAGAGCCCUCCGGCAUCUCCUGCAUGCUGGCGUGGGCUGAGCUGAGGGAGGCCAGCGGCCUGUCCUACCUCUUUAGCAUCUUUGCCGUCAUGCUAGUCAUCCCCGCGGUCAUCAUAUUUAGCUGCUAUACCUGUAUCACUGUGAGGCUGCACUGCCAGUACAAACGUAUGGAGAGCCACAGGAGGAUGUCCCGUCGAGGGACUCGAGUGGUGCGGAGAAUGAUCCUGAUCACAGUGCUUAUGAGUGCUGGGUUCCUGGUUGCCUGGACGCCGUAUGCAGCAGUCAGCUUUUGGUCGAUCUUUUACCCCACAUCACCAGUCCCUCCCGUGGUCUCUCUUCUUCCCGCCCUCUUCGCCAAGACCGCCACUGCCUACAACCCUGUCAUCAUCUUGUACUUGAACUCACACUCGAGCUCGCACUUCCGCAGUGAUGCCAAAAAGCUGGUGACCAACAUCCGCUUAGGCAAACUAAAUGUGGUAAAUCUAAGCUCCAAAGAGAACACAGGAACAUCUACCUUACAGCCAUCGGGGGCUCCCUGA